AUGCGCGUGGGGCUGGCGCUCUACGUCUACGAGUACCUGCUGCACGUCGGCGCGCAGAAGUCGGCGCAGACCUUCCUGUCCGAGAUCCGGUGGGAGAAGAACAUCACGCUGGGAGAACCCCCCGGCUUCCUGCACUCCUGGUGGUGCGUCUUCUGGGACCUGUACUGCGCGGCGCCCGACCGCCGCGAGCCCUGCGAGCAGCCGAGCGAGCCCAAGGCCUUCCAGGACUACAGCGCGGCGGCGGCGCCCAGCCCCGUGAUGGGCACCGUGCCCCCCGGCGAGGCGCUGCCGGGGGGGCCCAUCCCGCCCGCCUUCUUCCAGCUGGGCCCCAGCGGCAGCCGCCCCAGUUUCCCCUUGGGACCCGGCCCUGAGGGGCCCAUGGGUGGCCUGAGCGCCUUGGAGCCACAUCACGUCAAUGGAUCCUUAGGCGCGGGUGACGUGGACGGGCUGCCCAAGAAAAAAGAAUAA